GAGUGUGGAGGUCGAUUUGAUGGCCUACAACGCAGCUCUCAGUGCCUGCGAUGCCGGUGGCAAGUGGCAAGCGGCUCUGCUCCUCAUCGAGAGGCUGAGAGCCAAGGGUCUGAAGCCUUCCGUGGUCUCCUACACCGCGGCCGUGGCCGCGUGUCGGAGGGGGGCUUGGAGGAUGGCGCUGAUGCUUCUGGACUGUGCGGCGGCUGCCGGCGUCCAAAGCAAUGCGGUGACCUACCAAGCGGCCAUGGAAGCUUGCGAGAAGAGUGCGCUGGCACGGCCCUGGCUGCACUUGGCGCCGCAGCUCCAGGGCCAAGCGCUGCGA